AUGGACACCAUCACGAGCACCACCACAAGAGCCAUCACCAAGUGCACAAGCAUCACGAUAAGAAGCACCACAAUGUCAUCAUCUAUGAGGCUGCAUUGUGAAGCUCAUCAGAACCUCGACUCGUCAGCUCUUUCCGAAAGCGAGCCAGAGCACCAUGGACACCAUCACGAGCACCACCACAAGAGCCAUCACCAAGUGCACAAGCAUCACGAUAAGAAGCAGCACAAGCAUCAUCAUGAGCAUGUGAAGGCUCACGAGACCUCCAGCUCGUCCAGCUCUUCCGAAAGCGAGCCAGAGCACCAUGGACACCAUCAGCACCACCACAAGAGCCAUCACCAAGUGCACAAGCAUCACGAUAAGAAGCACCACAAGCAUCAUCAUGAGCAUCUCUUCCGAAAGCGAGCCAGAGCACCAUGGACACCAUCACGAGCACCACCACAAGAGCCAUCACCAAGUGCACAAGCAUCACGAUAA